ACCAACGGAAGUGACAUAGUUUUAACACGUGCGGCAUCUGAACACAUCGUGUUGUCACCGGCUCGUCGCUGCUCCACAACUCUCGAUCCUAUCGGCUCCGAUCAAACCCUCGAUCCGCGAUGACUAAAGUGAAGAAGGAACAGGUCCCCGCGGACGGAGAAGAAGCCGCCGGCGGGAACGAGAAGUCUUAUCAGGAGCUGAUCGCGAACGUGAACGCGAUCUCUACGCCUCUGGCCUCCCGGAAGCUGAGCAAGAAGCUGUACAAGUGCGUCAAGAAGGCUGCUAAAGUGAAAAAUAUCCGACGAGGAGUGAAAGAAGUUCAGAAGUUCAUCAACAAAGGAGAGAAAGGUAUCGUGGUGCUGGCAGGGGACACACUGCCCAUAGACGUCUACUGCCACCUGCCAAUCAUGUGCGAGGACAAAAACCUGCCAUAUGCCUACAUCCCCUCCAAAGUGGAUCUGGGUUCGUCGGCAGGAUCCAAGCGGCCGACCUGCGUGAUCCUGAUCAAACCUCAUCAGGAUUAUCAGGAAGCGUACGACGAGUGUGCGGAGGAGGUGACCGCCCUGCCCAAAGCGCUCUGAGAAGCCUGACCAAUCAGGAGGCAGCUCCGAGGUCAAUGCUGCUAAUCCUCUCAAUUCUCACCAGAAGCUCCGCCUCAUUUUGACCACGUCGAUCAGAGUUAUCUCCUAUGCCUCCAGUGCUUGUGCUAAGCUAGGCUAACACAUGGCGGAGAACGAGAGGUUGUCGUGUGUAAAUAGUUUCUGUGGUUUUGUUUUAUAAAUAAACAGAUUUCAGUCACAAUUUCCAGAAACCAAUAAUCAUGUAAAUAAUGUUAAGUUGUGAGCAGACGGAGGUUCGUCCGGUUCGCUGGAAUCAAACAGAAACACUUCAGAUUUCACCGUGAGAAUCUGCUCCUUUGCUUUGAUAGUUUGACUUUUUCUACAACUUUUUAUUCUUUUGACUUUUUUCUGUUAAGACAUCCGAUCGGAUUGAGCUGAUGAAGUUUGAUGUUGACAUUAAAAUAAAGAAGUGACUGUU